CAGCUCGUCGGAUGACAGCGGCUUCUCCUCCGCCGCCCCUGGCCGCGGUGCUUUUCCUCCUCUUUCUCCUCCCCGGAGCAGCAAGAGUCCGAGUCUUCCGCCGCCGCUGCAGCCGCCGCUACCAUCUCCAGCUGGUCGCCCCUCACCCAGGCGGCAGCGAUCGAUCUAGUUCAACCCAAUCUAAGCCGGUCCGGUAAAUAAACCGGAUGAUAAAAUUCUCCCGCUCGAAUCCGCUUUGAAUUUCCUCGCAUUAAAGAAAAGGAAAGGAAUAAAAGCAGGUAAACUAAGACGAGGAAGGCGGCCACAGUCGCCGCCGCAUCGAGAUCGCCUCUCGGAGCCGGAGACCAGAUGGGAUCGCUAUUGAACCCUCCCGAUCUACCCUUUACAGCCGCGGAGGAAGACGUCGUGUCCUCACUGCCGCCGCCCGUGGCGAACCCUAGCUCAUCUUCAGAUGCAAGAUUAGUGGAUUAUAAGAUUGAUCUAAACCACUGUUGUCAAUCACCCAAUCCUUUGGAGAAGGAGAGUUUGCCCACUAUUGAAGAAGAUGGCUUGGAUAUGUCAACCUUUUCUAAAUUGGGAACAACACAGAAGAAGAGCAAAAUGGCUAAUGGUGUUAACUUGAGGAAAAGCUUAGCUUGGAACUCAGCAUUUUUCACUGAAGAAGGUGUGCUCAAUCCAUUGGAGUUGUCUGUUCUUGGUGGAUCUUCCUUGAGGUCGAAGGAGAAGAUUCUUUCUCUGGUUAAUGGACAGAUAUCACCACUACUAGGACUCCAUGAAAGAAGUCCAGCUGUUGGCCACCAGAAGUCUUAUGGUAAAAUGGUUGCACUUUCUGCAAGCAAAGACAACAAAAAUUUUAAGGAAGAAAAUCUACUUAGCAAGUUAAAUGCUUCAAUUCCGGAAGAACAGCAAGAGGGUGAAGGAAUCAAAUACUCAAGCAAGAACAUUGGAAGAGUUGCAUCUAGAUUAGCAACUCCAUCUUCUCAAAAGAGAACUGCAAACACAAAUGCUGCAAAUCGUACAUCCAAAAUCCCAAAGUUCAUGCCUGCAAAGUCACAUACUGCUUCUAUUCCAAGGGACACUAGGGAUGCCAUCCCUUGUGUGAGGAACUUAAAGUCCAAUACAAGUGCCACUGCAGUUGACAUGGAACACACUCUUCAAAAAAGAUGUUUUCAAUCAAACAUAAGAAACCAAUCUGCCUGUCCUCAAUCAAUGAAACCUUCUGCAAUUUAUCUUUCUAGGCCGCUGGUUCCGCUAAUUGAUAAAGGUACAACUGAAAAUUUAUCAGUUCCUAAAGUGGUGAAGCGAACAUCCACUUCUUCUAUCACAGUUAAUGGAUCUUCAUCACUCCCUAAGAAAGUCCAUGGAGAUGCUAUUGCACAUGCCAAACCAUCUGGGUUGCGAAUGCCUUCUCCAUCACUAGGAUUUUUUCAGCAGGGUAAGCUUCCUCCAACUGGUAUCCAGUCUCAAAGAACUGUUCAUCUGUGCCGACCUACUAUUCCACUUGGAAAAACAAUAGGCGUUACACCAGCAGGUGAAUCAAAGGCUUCACUUGCUUCUACUAGGGAAAAAACAAUUAAUGGUCCUGUUGCCCCAAAAUAUUUUGCUAGGACGACAACAUCAACUAAAAUGGAGAACUCUUACAAACCUAGUUCUUUAUCCGCAUUUAAUGGAAAUGUGGCGCAUCCAUCAAGUGGUGAAAAUGCUUCCACGAUUCAGCUGGGUAUAGAUAAGGAAGUGCCUUAUGCAAGCAACUCAAUGCUGCAGAUUGGUGACAAGGCAUGCUCUCUUGGGGAAUUAAAUGAGACUUGGAUAGAUGAACGCCCUUCUUCAGAGGAUAACAGUGCCAAGCAAUCACCACCAUCAUAUAGGGGAUUUGCUACAGAUGCUAUUUCAGGACAGGAUGAACAGGCAACUGGGAAUUUACAAGUAAAUCCAGAUGCAGAGUUUGUCCUCUCAGAUCUAGUAGAUGAUUUUUCUUCUUUGCCUGCAGCUAAAUCAUCCUUGAGUUUGUCUAAACAUGGAGUUGAUAGUUCUAUUGCUUUUAGCAGUCUUGAAGAAGAUUGUUCUUUAACUGUAGAAGCAGGCACUGAGGAUGAAAACAACUCAUAUCUAAGGUCCAGCACUGAGCACAACUCUGAUACUGAUUUCAUUAGCAAUUCAGAAAUCGUGAAUCCUCCAUCUGAAAAGCCUGGCAUAUCUGCUAAAACAGUAAAUUAUGGAACAAACUACUCGCCUGUGAGAUUGACUAGUGUUUUGGAGGAUUCUCUAACUUCACCUUCGGCAAACUGUCAAAUAAAAGAUCAUACGUUGGAGUGUGUUAAUGAAGAUCAUAUCAACUCAAAAGAAGAGGAAUCCUUGUUGCAAGAUGGCAGCGAGAAUGAACAGAAGGAAAAAGUGAAGCAAGAUAUCCACCGUCUCAAACUGAAUGCAGUCCCAUUUAGCGAGGAGUGGUUAGCUGCAAUUGAGACAUUUGGAGAGGAUAUAUUAGAGUUGAAGACAGGUCCUGUACAAAAUUCUCCAACUGACAAGACUCUUCCUGAACCAGGUCCAUGGUCACCGAUGAAACGCAAAGCUCAAGACGUAGGACCAUUCGAUUGCACAAAACACUCUACAAAACUCUCUGAACCCACCUCAUAGGUGGAGCUGCAAUUUGCUGUAUCAACAGAGUUCUUGGUGAAACUAAAGGCAUAAUUGCUCGUCCUGUUAAAUGUUAUCAACAUCAUUUCAUUUGUUGUAAUGGAAGGCUUAUGUCAAACACAAACUUUGUAGCAUCUGGAGAAUAAAAAUGGCAGUUCCACGCCU